AUAGAAAGUCUUCUUUGGUGCUCCAGGGCUGCGUUGUGCUAAGGAUGCAAAUGUGCAGGGGACGUUUGCUGGGGAUCUCAGUGGCCAUAGCACAUGGGGUCUUCUCUGGCUCACUGAACAUCCUGCUGAAGUUUCUCAUAAGCAAGUAUAAUUUCUCCUUCCUCACCUUAGUGCAGUGCAUGACCAGCUCCGUUGCCGCAAUCACAUUAGAAGUUCUUAGACGCUGUGGGAAGAUAUCUGUGCCCCCAUAUGGCUUAAGCCUUGCUCGGAUGUUUGUUGGGGUGACCAUUCUCUCCACUCUGCAGUCCAGCCUCACGCUGUGGUCUUUGAGGGGGCUCAGCCUGCCCAUGUAUGUGGUCUUCAAGCGAUGUCUGCCCUUUGUGACACUCUUAAUUGGAGUACUGGUGUUGAGGAACGGGAUACCCUCCAUAGGAGUAUUGGUUGCUGUGUUCAUCACCACCUGUGGUGCUGCUCUGGCAGGUGCUGGUGACUUGAGUGGUGAACCUGUAGGCUACAUAACUGGAGUACUGGCUGUACUAGUUCAUGCUGCCUACCUAGUAAUUAUUCAGAAGACUAGUACAGAUAGUGAUCAUGGACCUCUAACUGCCCAGUAUAUCAUUGCAAUCACAGCAACACCUCUGCUUAUUAUCUUCUCUUUUGCCAGUAUGGACAUGAUUGAUGCAUGGUCAUUCCCAGGUUGGAAAGACCCAGCCAUGGUCUGCACUUUCAUUGCAUGUACUCUGAUUGGUUGUGCUAUGAAUUUUACUACACUGCAUUGUACUUAUAUAAAUUCAGCAGUCACUACAAGUUUUGUCGGUGUGGUGAAGAGCAUUGCCACCAUUACAGUUGGCAUGCUUGCAUUUAGCGAUGUGGAACCCACAUCACUCUUCAUUGCAGGUGUGGUUGUCAACACUUUUGGGUCCAUCAUCUACUGUGCGGUUAAGUUCUAUGAAACAAGGCGGCAGAUCAAUUAUGAAGAUUUGGAAAAGGAGGCUAUGGAAGAUGAAAAGAAAGAACAGGAUGAACAGCAUCCCCCAUUUGCAAUGGAAGAAAUUUUACAGGAAAACAGCACAGAAGGAGAGCCACAAGAAAAGCCACCUAAUGAGACAGCUAAUAAUUACACAGAAGAAAAGAAGAACACAUUAGCUUCCGUCUUGCAAUCACAUGACCCAACUGGGCCCUCUGAUGCCGACAGCAGAAGUUCAUUACUAGAUGCAUAUCUCGGAGUAUGGAGGAUGGUCAGGGGUACAAGAUUUUUAAAAAAAGAUUACCUUAUAGAAAAUGAGGAACUUCCGAGUCCUUGAUAAUAUAUUUGAGAUAACUUAUAUGGAAGGAAAUUAUCUUUUGUAUGUGCUAAGGAGGGAUACAUAUAAAUGUAUAUUA